AUGGCGACUCUUAAGGAAAAACUGAUUGCACCAGUUGCCAAGGAAGAGGCAGCAAUCCCAAACAACAAGAUCACUGUCGUGGGUGUUGGACAAGUGGGUAUGGCGUGUGCCAUCAGCAUUCUGGGAAAGUCUCUGGCUGAUGAGCUGGCCCUGGUGGAUGUGUUGGAAGAUAAACUCAAAGGAGAAAUGAUGGAUCUGCAGCAUGGAAGCUUAUUUCUUCAGACACCUAAAAUUGUGGCAGAUAAAGACUACUCUGUGACCGCCAAUUCUAAGAUCGUGGUGGUCACUGCUGGAGUCCGCCAGCAAGAGGGAGAGAGUCGUCUCAACCUGGUGCAGAGGAACGUCAAUGUCUUCAAGUUCAUUAUUCCUCAGAUCGUCAAGUACAGCCCUAAUUGCAUCAUCAUUGUGGUUUCUAACCCAGUGGAUAUUCUCACAUAUGUCACCUGGAAACUAAGUGGAUUACCCAAGCACCGUGUGAUUGGAAGUGGAUGUAACCUGGAUUCUGCUAGAUUUCGCUACCUUAUGGCUGAAAAACUUGGCAUUCAUCCUAGCAGCUGUCAUGGAUGGAUUCUGGGAGAACAUGGCGACUCAAGUGUGGCUGUGUGGAGUGGAGUGAAUGUGGCAGGUGUCUCUCUCCAGGAACUGAAUCCAGCAAUGGGAACGGACAAUGAUAGUGAAAAUUGGAAGGAAGUGCAUAAGAUGGUGGUUGAAAGUGCCUAUGAAGUCAUCAAGUUAAAAGGAUAUACCAACUGGGCUAUUGGAUUAAGUGUGGCUGAUCUCAUUGAAUCCAUGUUUAAAAAUUUAUCCAGGAUUCAUCCAGUAUCAACGAUGGUGAAGGGGAUGUAUGGCAUUGAGAAUGAAGUCUUCCUGAGCCUCCCAUGUAUCCUGAACGCUCGGGGACUAACCAGUGUUAUCAACCAGAAACUGAAGGAUGAUGAGGUUGCUCAACUCAAGAAAAGUGCAGACACCCUCUGGAACAUCCAGAAGGACCUCAAAGACCUGUGA